GGGGCUGUGCCGGCCGGCGGUAGGGCGGCUCAGGCGCCAUGCCGGGCCCGCCGGGCUGGCUGGCGCUGCUCUGCCUGGCCGCCGCGGGACGCCCGCAGGUAAGGGCAGCGCGGGGACGGCGGGACGACUCCCAGUGCUCUGCUCCCCCCGCCCGCCUUGGCUCUCUGCCUCUCUCUCUCUCUCUCUCUGUUUCGUGGUGGUGGUUUCUUUUUCACAACUCGCGAGCGCCUUUGGCUUCUUUAAAACGCUGGUACUUUCAAACGAAGGCAGGGGGAUCGGCGGGGAAGGCAGCCCGCAGCUGUUGAGGGGUAGCGUUUGCACGGAGAGCGAAAAAGAAGGCAGGCUCCACCCUGCCGAGCGGAUUUACCCCGGGGAGCGCGAGCGCGCUUGUUGGCCCGAGCCGUUGUGAGCUGCGCCGAUCGGGCGUGGGCCGUGGCCCAGCUGCUCGCACGGAGCCCACGGCCCGGGCGGCCCUGCGAGUGUGGAGGCAGCGGGCAGCCUCCGGGGGAAGGGUGGCAGUGAGGUCUGGCUGCCUGCGGGCAGAGCCCUGUCCUCGACGCUCCCCGAAGCGCGGGCUGGCUGCCCGUCGUGUGGGGUCGCUGGCGUUGCCCCGCUCUCUCGGAUCCCUUCCUGCUGUAGCUGAGCCUCCUCAGCGCCGUGCCGAGGAGCUCACGGAGUGGCAGCGGUUGGAUGGGACCGCUGGGGGACAUCAGUCCGACCCUCUGAUAAAGCAAUUCCCUACUGUAGGUCGCACGGGAAAGCGUCCCGGCGGGUUUUCACUAUCACCUGAGAAAGAGACUGCACAGCCUCUCUGGGCAGCCUGUUCCAGCCCUGUGGGACCCUCAGAGGAAUGAAGUUUUUCCUCACGUUUGUAUGGAAUUUCCAAUGUUCCCGUUCGUGCCGGUUGGCUGUCACAGAACAGCAGAGAAGAAUAGCCCCAUCCACUUGGCUUCUACCCUUUAGUUGUCACUACAAAGCACUCUGCCGUGUGAAAGUGAACAACACUAUGAAUACUCUGGACGGUGCUGCAAGAAGUGUGAGCCAGGAAAGUAUAUGUCUGCUAAAUGCACUGAGACAUCCGAUAGUGUGUGCCAGCCGUGUGGCCCAAAUGAGUAUAUGGAUGUCUGGAACGAAGAAGACAAAUGCUUGCUACAUAAAAUAUGUGAUCAAGGGAAAGCUUUGAAAGAGGUGAACCCAGGAAACAGCACGUUCCAGCGGCAGUGUGCCUGUACCACAGGUUACCACUGGAACGAGGACUGUGACUGCUGUCAGCGAAACAGCAUUUGUGGUCCAGGGUUUGGAAUUGGGCAUCCUGUGCAACAAGACAAGGACACAAAGUGUAUGCCAUGUCCCAGAGGCUACUUCUCAGAGGUUGCUUCAUCCACUGAUGAGUGUAAAUCCUGGACCAACUGUUCAGCUCUGGGAUUGGCAGAAAUAGUCCCUGGGACUGAUAAGUCCGAUGCAGUUUGUUCAAAGCAGAAGAUGGCUGAGCAACCGGAAUAUGGAACAAACAAGAUCUUGUAUGUGUUCAUUGUCAUCUUGUUUUUUGUGGCACUAAUUGGCAUUGUCAUCUUCAUCGUAUACUACAAGAAUAAGGGAAAAAAGCUGACAGCAGAUCUACAGAAUUGGGCUAACGAGGUGUGCAGCCAAAUAAAAGGAACAAAGGAGCCAUCUAGAGAUGCAUACGUUACUGUAAAUAUCACGAACACCACCAUCCCACAGCUCUCGGAAGACGUGCGUCUCCUGGGCCCUGCUGGCUCCCCUGCACCUGGAAGCUCACCCUGUGGUCACUCCUCGUGCAGGCACGGCAGCCCAGGCACGGCACCCUGCAGGGCUGGGGGCAACCUCCAGGAGGUCUCCGUGGGGACUGAGACAGACGAUGAGCAUUUCUCACCCGUACCCACGGAAGAUGAAUAUAUGGAUAAAGAUCUCAAUACUGCCGACUAUUUACCUUUACUGAGUCAGCCUGACAAUAAAACUUUGUCAUUGUUUUCGGAACCGGUGGAGGUAGGGGAGAACGAUAGCUUAAAUCAGUGCUUUUCAGGGAUCGGGAGCGCAGAGGACGUGUCCAUGCCUCAGGGCUCCGACCCUUCCUCCAAUGCAGAUGGUGUACACACCACCAUGGACAAAUACCUGCAGAAAUCUUGCCAGCGUUCCCACGGUUGCCCAAAGGAAAUUGACAGCAAAGACACAGAUCGUUUUGCAAUGAACCGUGACUCAGAGAAGAUCUGUGUGAGGUGUGGCGUUUCAUACAGGGAGACUCCCAGAAAGGGGAGCAGACCCUGCUGUGCUGCAGUUGAUGGUGCUUUCACCUCCCCAGAAACUGGAUGCUACGCGCAGUGCACCUGUGGCAUGAAUUUUCUCUCUGCUGGUCAGAGUCCUCUAGCAAGUGACCAUGGUAUGGAAGAUGCGCCUUCUGAUGGUACCAACACAAAGUACCAGAACACAAACAGAAGCACUUCAGGGACAAACAGCAGCACUUCAGACCUCCCUCCAGCAUCCGGAAAUGUGACUGGAAACAGUAACUCCACGUUUAUUUCCAGCGGACAAGUAAUGAAUUUCAAGGGAGACAUCAUCGUCGUCUACCUUAGCCAAAACUCCCAGGAGGGAGCUGCGGCCUCGGGGGCAGCCGAGGAGAACGUCAGCAGCCCGGUGCAGGAGGAGAACCCCAGCCGCUGCGAGACCUUCGCCGGCAAUGCUCAGCACUACAAGGAGAAGUGCGCUGAGCUGCAUGCCACCAUCCCAGUGGGCAGCGGCGGGACGCGGCACCACACAGCCCCAGUGCCAAGCCUGGCCCGACACAGCGAGGCCUCACCACCCGUGCAAGAGGAGGGCAGGCUGGGGCACAGCUCGGAGAAGGUGUUGAACUGACGUGAGACACCAUCCCACGAGGGGGUCGUCCCCAGAUCCCGGUUGUUGGGACAGAUUCGUUUCUUCUGAGAGCGCUGCUGGCCCUGGGGUCCCCUGGAGACUUGGGAUUGGGAGGCCAGGCCCUGCGGGCCGCCUGUCUCCUCAACAGGGCGGCAAGUUCUCCGUGACUCUCCCAAACAGCAGCGAGGGACAGCUGAGGGAAACCCCUCGGGCUGGGGGACUUGGCGAGAGGGAGGACGUGGAUCACCAGUUGUCCCCUCCUGGAGAGGGGCAGUGUGCUGGAAGGGGCUCCAGGCCAAGGUGUAUUUUUUUUUUUUACUGGGUGGGGACUUAGUAGCUCUGUCGGUGAUCCCUCUCAGUGGGACCUCAGUCUUCCUCAAUACCUCCCACGGGGGAAGGAAGCAAUGGCCACCUCUGCUGCUGAGCUUGGUGCCCAACUGGAAGGGCAGGGAUGGAGUAGGUGGCUCCAUCAAAACAUCAAAAUGGAGCAGGAGCUCCAGUCCUAAACCAGCACGACAGUCGAGAUCCUUGUCUGCCCCUUGCUAACUUUGGUGUGAGUGGGUAUAGCACUGUCUUGGGUUACAGUAACAGGUAAAUUAGCGCUGAUAUGCCUUGAAAGUGUAUCAGAUGAAUCCUGAACAAGAAGCAUUUAUAGUUUUGAACCCUGAUUCACCACCACCUUACUGCUUCUCCUUAGAGGAACACAAGCCCCUGAAGCUGAAGAUGAGCAGUGUGUGCCUGGUGCUCUGUUGCACAAACCUUGUCACUGACAUGAAGCUACAGAACAGCUAGCAGGAGGAGGAAGGAUCUAGGACAGCUAGCUGCAGACAUUUCCCAAGUGACAGGAGAGGGAGGGAGUGCCUGAAGAUGGAGAAUUUGGUCAGGGUCAGGCACGUGUUCCUUCAUCUGCCCUAAGAAAUUUGUCAUUCCCGCUGAUAGUUCCAUUAGUAAGCAGCGCUUUAUUUAGGCAACAUGAAGCGAUUUCCAGAGCUCAGCCUGUCUGAGCUGGAAUCAAUGUAACCACCGUCACACUUAGAACUGUAGGACCAAGGGGCUGGAUUCAAAGAGUAAUAGUGGUUGUCAGUAGAGUCUCAGCUACUCAGUUGGCUUUGGUUCAGAUCCUGUGUCCUUUAGCCUCCUCCACCACCCACCACUGUGGGAAAGUGAAGGGAAAAGAGCCUCAGGGAACCUCCAAGAGGAAAUCGUGGUAUUUUUUACAUCUCCUGACCAGGGGUAAUUUUCUGAUGUUCUCCUGCAUGCACAAGUGUUGCGGGAGCCUUUCUUCAGUCUGAACAUAUAGGAAGAUCAGUGCUUGUUUCCCACCAGAGUGAAGGGAUCUCUGGUCAAGUGUGUUCUCAUCUGCUCUUACAGAAAAGAUCUCUGCAGGGAGGGCUCCUCUCUAGAAAGGUAUUAAAGCUGAGAGGCUUAUGGCAUAGCUGCUCUGUUUACUGCUCUGAGGGUGAAGAGAACCUAUGAAGCUAACAGGGUGACCACUGCGUCAUGAUGAACUUCUCAUCCACAGAACAAAACGAUGGCCUUAGCCACUCUCAUCUCUCAGGAGAAUAAUUCUGCAUUAUUUAUAUAGCUGGGGUGGAAAGCUCAGCGCAGUUGUGCGAGGCUCUCUUGGGUUGCUGGAGCAAGGGGCGUGUGACCAAUCUGACUCCCUUUCACCUUUGUGUGGCCUUCAAGAAAGCAGGCCAUCUGACCUGAGGCUCAGCCAGGCAGGAAGGCUGUGCCAUUCAGCGAUGGCCACUGCUACCUCUUCCUUUAUGAAGGAAGUGUGCAACUGGGGCUGUCUUUUUCUGUGGCACUGUUCUGUCUUUCCUGUUGGAUCCUGUAACCACCUCGCUGUAGGCUCUUCAGGCCUGUGUCUGUAUCCUCCAGGCACUGAUGCAGCGGGGACAAGGAAGCAGAACUGCACAUCAGGUUCGUGCCAGCUGGUGCAGAUGCUUUCCCCCCUCAGUUUUGCAGUUGUAUUUUUCCAGAAAGCAUUCACCUAGGGCACCACUCAGCCAGCCCCAUUUAGAGGACAGGAGGGACUGAAUUAGUGUGCUCAGCUCUGGGUGAACCAGCUGCACACAGGUCUGUCUCCUCCAUCCCGUGGUCUCUACGUCCCACCAGGGAGCAGGCUGGAAAUCUUGGUGUCAGAGAAGAUGAUGGGAAGUUUACUAUGAUGUGUCCCCAGUGAGGGAACGUUUUUCCCUCACUGAAUUACAGGAUCCUGCUGAGUGGGUUUGGAAACUGGGAUCAGCAGCAGGCAUGAAGAGAAGAGUCAUCGGUAUCUCAGCACCGUGGCCACUCCCUUACGGGAAACACAACACACCGAAAGGUCCAAUUCUUAGUCUUCUUCCAGAGUCUGUGCAAAAGUAAAGAAGCCACAUCACAGUUAUCAGAGUGCCACAUGUUCCCCAGGUCUCUGCCUGGCUGCUUAGACGUGGACCCCAAAAGGGACUUCUGUACCUUCGUGACUUCACAUGUUGUCAGCUUGGAGCAAGGGCUGGUGUUUAACAUGUCUUUGUACAAUGGGGCCUUGUGCGUUGGGCACUAACUUGGAGGCUUCUGGCUGCUAUUGUAAUACACGUAACUAAUGGUAAUAGAAAUCUUAAGGCCUAUUUGAGAAUGAGUGAAGAUUUGAAUUAACGGAGAGAAUCAAAUAUGUUAUUAUUUGCCCACGCUCGUUUUUACAAAAAUAAAUCAUUAAUAUAAAAACA